UGUGGGGUUCGACGCCGCGUAUGCCCAUGAUGGUAUCAUCCCUGUUCAUGUGUUAAACCUCGACCUUUCCAUAUAUCAAGCUUCAUUUGUCGUGCAGAGUUAGGUUUUGCUCUACUUAAGCUCUAAUAGCUUCUGAAAGAUCUGUUAAAUCAACAUGCUCUAUGCGUUCGUCGCUGCUCUUUUUGCUUCAGCAAUUGGUAGUCUCCGAGGAUUCGAAACUCCCAUUCAGGAACUUCUAGGCCUCAAAAAUCCCGAGCAAGGGCAUGGACGUCGACCAAAUAUUGUAUUCGUGUUGACCGACGAUCAAGAUGUUCAUCUCUCAUCGUUGGAUUACAUGCCACUGGUUAAAAAACAUCUUCUAGACCAAGGUACAUACUUUAGCAAGCAUUAUUGUACCACAGCUGUAUGCUGCCCUUCGAGAGUGACUCUCUGGACCGGCAAGGCUGCUCACAAUACCAAUAUUACAGAUGUAAAUCCUCCGUACGGUGGCUAUCCAAAAUUCGUUGUGCAAGGUUUCAAUGGCAAGUAUCUACCUGUUUGGUUACAAGACUCAGGAUACAAUACUUAUUACACUGGCAAAUUGUUCAACGUCCAUACAGUAGAGAACUACAAUUCUCCUGCUCCCGCCGGGUUUACUGAUUCUGACUUCCUCCUUGACCCUUUCACGUACAAUUACCUCAACAGCACUUUCCAACGCAAAGGCGAGGCGCCGAGGAGCUACGAAGGUCACUACAGCACAGAUGUAGUGACUGAAAAAGCGUAUGGAUUUUUGGAUGAUGCGGUCAAAUCCGAGAAACCGUUCUUCCUCACGGUCGCACCUAUUGCGCCUCACGUGAAUAUUUACAUGAACAGCAGCGAUGUCCAUGAUCCCAAUAUUGUUUUCAAAUUCGAUGCCCCGGUAUCGGCACAGAGACAUCAACAUCUUUUUGAGGACGAGAAAGUUCCGAGGACCAAGAAUUUUAAUCCUGACCAGCCAUCUGGAGCGAACUGGCUCCUGAAACUCCCCCAGCAGAAUACAACAAAUAUGGAUUACAAUGAUCAUCUCUAUCGCCAAAGACUGCGCUCCCUCCAAGCCGUCGACGAAUUAGUUGAUAGGAUCUUUAGACGUCUAGAAACUUACGGCAUUCUCGAUAAAACCUACAUUUUCUAUAGCAGCGACAACGGAUAUCAUAUAGGACAGCACAGGCUACAGCCAGGAAAGUCGUGCGGAUACGAAGAGGAUAUCAAUGUCCCACUUAUCGUUCGUGGUCCUGGCGUAGCGAAAAAUUACACAACCAGCAUUGUCACAAGUCAUACAGACUUGGCUCCCACUUUUUUCGAUCUGUUGGGGAUCCCACAACGAGAGGACUUUGAUGGAAGUACAAUCCCUGUGACAAACGCUGCUAUCGAGGCUGCCAAGGCGAAAAGACGAGAGCAUGUGAAUGUCGAAUACUGGGGCUUUGCCGGUGGAGAAGGCAAAUUUGAUGGCACACUUCAUGAACAUAAUACCUACAAAGCGAUUCGGAUCAUUGGGCCAGGCUACAAUCUUUAUUACUCUGUUUGGUGCAAUAAUGAGCAUGAACUUUAUAAUAUGGAUCUGGAUCCAGAUCAGCUAAAGAACCUCCUUUCCCGACCGCAAGUUGCCGAGGUAUCUAACGUCGCGGGGCUCCCAAUUCGUAAAGUCGUCGCACGUCUCGACGCUCUUCUCUUUGUUCUUAAAUCAUGCAAAGGCCGAACAUGCCGUGAAGCUUGGCAGAUACUACAUCCUGAUGGUGAUGUGUUGACGCUGGAAGAUGCCCUGGAACCAAGGUUCGACCAUUUCUACGAAGUGGACCAGAAGAGAGUCAAAUAUAAUUUCUGCUCAAACGGGUAUCUUGUCGAUGCAGAGGGCCCGAUGUGGGAGAAAGAAGGCGUCAUAUUCAGAGAUGGGUUGAUGUGGCAUGAAUGGGUGUGAGAAUAAAGAGAGGUUAAAUUUCAAAAAAAAACUCCCUCUCUGCUGAUGGCAAAGUCUUGUAGAAAAGUAGUUCCUCAAAGCCAAUUGAUGUCCUUACCUCAAGAAUUGGUUUGCCUUAGGCAUGCCAAUGUCUUCUAGGGGGGAUUCUUGGAAGCACCUAAUGAUAGAGUUCUGGUCAACAUGGAUUGUCGUCUCCAGAGGAAGAAACAUGAACAACAGUUGUAUGAAGACUGUCAAGAGAAGAAUGACGGCUCUAGAUCGACUGGACCGGAUUGCAAAG